CCCGGCCUGCAGUGCCUCGCGGGGCCCAAGCUCCUCCUCGCGGUCUCCGAAGCCUGGUGCCUGGCCUGGCCGCCUUGCAGGGGCCGGAACGCGGCCAAGAAAUCCCUGAUCUGGACACUGAGAACAUCAGUCCUAUCUUUUCUGAGUCUUGAAGUGGAAGCUUCCAGAACUCUAUGGCCUAGAAGUGAAAUAAAAGGGUGACCGCAGGAACAAAUGACUGAUGCUGUCCACCGUGGGCUGAGCAGAUAUACUUCCGGCUGCAGAGAGUGCUUUAAGCAAGGAAGGCUUUCCUUGGCUUCUGUCUGCAUUCCAUAAAAUACUCAUUGGCUUUUAGCUCUGCCUGCAGUUGAGCACAAAGACCUGAAGGAGACUCCCACAGCCUUCAGGGAGAAGAAAGGAAGCAGCCAAGCCUAUUAAAAGGAACUUGUGGCUUGUGGCCUUUUUGUGUAGGAGCGGCCUGGAAGGGGAGAAAAGUACACCGAAGCCACAGUGGCGGUUAAUGAGCUGUGAGAUGAGGCGCAGCCGCGGCUGACACUGCUUCCAGGAUCCUUCAUCUGCCCUUUGUGCUUCGUGUACAUGUGUCUGUUCAGGCCGGCCAGAGGCGCCCAGAAGAGCAUCCACCACGGCUGCCGGAGAAAGACCUCCCACCAUGCCCACGGAGACGCUACAGACAGGUAGCAUGGUGAAGCCUGUCAGCCCCGCGGGCACCUUCACGUCGGCGGUGCCCCUGCGCAUUCUGAACAAAGGACCUGACUACUUCCGCAGGCAGGCUGAGCCCAACCCCAAGAGACUUAGUGCGGUAGAGCGGCUGGAGGCUGACAAGGCCAAAUACGUCAAGAGCCAGGAGGUAAUCAAUGCCAAGCAGGAGCCAGUGAAGCCGGCUGUGUUGGCCAAGCCCCCCGUGUGCCCAGGAGCCAAACGAGCACUGGGCAGCCCCACUCUCAAGGUGUUCGGCAACCAUGCCAAGACCGAGAGUGGUGUGCAACGCGAGACCCUCAAGCUUGAGAUCCUCAAGAACAUCAUCAACAGCUCAGAGGGCUCCAGUUCUGGCUCUGGCCACAAGCAUAGCUCCCGAAACUGGCCACCUCACAGAGACACCACUGACCUGCACCGGCAUUCCUUCGCAGAGUCGCUGAAGGUGUAUCCUACACCUGGCCGUGGCAGCCCGCAGGAGACCAGCUCCCAUGUGAGCAGGCGGCUGUUGGAGCAGUCCGCGGAGUCCUUCCUGCACGUCUCACACAGUUCCUCAGACAUCCGCAAAGUGACCAGUGUGAAGCCCCUUAAAGCCAUCCCCUGCAGCAGUUCUGCCCCUCCCCUGCCUCCCAAGCCCAAGGUGGCUGCCAUGAAGUCCCCUGAGGCUGACCAGGUGGAACCAGCCUGUGGGGUCAGCCGGAGACCUUCCCUUCAGCGGUCCAAGUCAGACUUGAGUGACAGGUAUUUCCGAGUAGAUGCAGACGUGGAGAGGUUCUUCAACUACUGCGGACUUGACCCUGAAGAGCUGGAAAACCUUGGCAUGGAGAACUUUGCAAGGGCUAAUUCUGACAUCAUAUCACUCAACUUCCGCAGCGCAAGCAUGAUCAGCUCAGACUGUGAACAGUCUCAGGAUAGUAACAGUGACCUUAGAAAUGAUGACAGUGCCAAUGACCGGGUGCCAUAUGGCAUUUCUGCCAUCGAAAGAAAUGCUAGAAUCAUCAAGUGGCUAUAUAGCAUCAAACAAGCUAGAGAGUCACAGAAGGUGUCUCACGUGUAAGAGGCACAGUGGUGAAAAGGAGGGAGGGGUGGGUCUGUCUGCAUACACAGUUGUGAAGGUCGUGAGGUCUCCUUGAAGUGUUGUGAGCUUCUCCACUCUUUGUGUUGCUUGUUGUGCAAUGUUCUCAAGUUGCAUGCCUGUCAACAUGGCGACUGGCCUGGCUUCCUUGUCACACCUCUGCAGAGCCUUGCUGAACACUCGUCUGCCAAAGUUUCUGGCCAGAAUCUGAUUUGGGCUUUGCUCUUAAGCAAAACUGUUUACAGGAAAAAAAAAUGGUUUCGAUUUCUUCAAUAUUUAUGUGGUUUUUGUGUUUUUAUACCCUGCAUUAUUGUGUCUUAAUUAAAAAAAUUUAUCAACUGGCUUUUAAGUUGAGAGCAGAAUCUUUUUGAAACAAAAAGCCACUUUGCCUACAUGGGAGACCAUAACACUGGGAAAAUAUAUGGGACUUGCCACCAGACACAGAAUGACUGACAGAUAUAGAGCCAGGCUGGAGUUUAUUUAUGGGAAAUCAAGUGGUUGGCCCUGCCCUGUGCUUCAUACACUGGCAUUCCCUUGCCACUUUGUUGCCUUGUGGGGCAACAGUGCAGUCCUUGGUCCAAUUCAAUGUACAUGAUGGUAUUUUUGUAGUACUGACCCCAGGAAAGACAAUCAGAUAAAACCCGGGAUAAGAAAUGUAGAAGGUUCAAUAUUGAUUGGGAGGAGGUUGGGGAGACUAUUGUUCAAAGUGAGAUAAUUCCGAAAUCUCUAGUAUUAACAUGACAGGAAGUGCCACUCUACAGCUGAUUAAAGCUGAUACAGAAUGCGAUUUUUAAAACGUUAUUUUGUGGGAUUUUAUUUGUUUUGUGCUUUUGCCCAAGAACUACUAACUCCUGUUGUUUCUCUCCCUUGCUCCCAUGGAAGUUGUUCUGUUUGGGGCAGAUGGGUUGGGCUUCUGCAGGUUUGCACUCUGAAGACUUGAAGGGAAGUGAGGAUACCAUUCAUGUCAGUACAGUCUCCAUCCCACCGCGUCCCGUGGUCGCAGCUUCACAUCUCAGCAGUGUGACUCUGUUACCUUGCUUAUACUCCUCUCUCAGGCUGUGGGUCUUUGUUACAGCCCUAGAAAACUAUAGAAACACUGUAACUUUCUACCCUGUUGUCUCUUGUUGCCCCUUCCCACAAUAACCUUCCCUCCUGGUGAUUUCAGGAGCUGUGAGCCAGCUGCCAGUGUUGGCAGUGGAAGCAGAAGACACCGGGUGGUGGUCUCCUCACUGCUUCACAACCCAUAGGUUCUCAGAACCACCUUGGUCCUCAUCAGCUACUAGGAGCCUUUAAAUGGUGUGAAUGCUGUAAGACUUUGUACAUACUUUAGUUGUUCUGGAAUCUAAGAAGAAAGUUAUGCUAAUAAAUAGCUUUCAUGUAGGCUUUA